AUGACAAUAGAUAGAUCACCAUCACCCGAACUCAAUCCUCUUGACGUAGACCUGGCUCCCGACCAAGAGGUCUCACGAAUAGGAACAUCAUCAACUGUCAAGUUAUUCAACAUUGAUCGUGAACUACACAUUGCAGAGGACGCAAGUGGUGGUUGUGGAGGAAAGACAUGGGAAGCAGCUAGCAUGCUCUCGGAUUAUGUCUGCUCCAGAGAUGCAUCGUACUGGGAACAUCGUACCAAAAUAAUUGAAUUGGGAGCUGGGACGGGUGUGGUCGGAUUCACCAUAGCCUGUGUAUUGGAACAUCAUCAGACGCCAUCAUCAUCAAAGGUCGACAUCACUGAUUUGCCAGUAAUGGUGCCUGUGAUGGAACUCAAUGCUACCAAGAACCUGUCAUCAUCGGAGCUAUGUAGAAUGCAUAUAGGAGAUCUAUCAUGGGGCGAACCGUUAGGUGAGGAGUAUACUCGGAGCAAGCCAUUUGAUUUGGUCCUGUGUGCAGAUUGUGUCUACUUGGAAGCAGCUUUUGAGCCACUGAUACGAACGUUGCUUGAGCUUUCUGAUGCACAUACGGAGAUCUUAAUAUGCUCAAAGAAGAGACGGAGAGCUGAUAAAAGAUUCUUUACAAUGUUGAGAAAGCAGUUUGUCGUGAAAGAUAAAGCUACUCAAGAGAUGGCCUCGCUCUACUUCUCGCCACAAAGAAAACAUAGUCAAGCUACUGUAAAAUAA